AUGGCUCUUGCUCUCCUCUUGGCAGCAAUCCUGGGACUUCUUAUUCUCAAGGCUGUUUUGUUUCAGCUGAGAAACCCGAGCUCCCCUCCGUGCAUCAGGAGCUGGAUCCCUUGGUUUGGAGCUGCAUUUCAGUUCGGGAGAGCUCCUCUGGAGUUUAUAGAGCAAGCUAGAAGCAAGCAUGGUCCUGUGUUCACAAUAUUCGCUUUGGGAAAACGGUUUACUUUUGUGACUGAAGAGGAAGGAACUGAAGCAUUUUUUAACUCUAAAGACUUAAAUUUUGAACAAGCAGUACAACAAGCUGUUGAGAAUGCAGUUUCUGUGCCUGCAGAAGCCUUUUAUCAGAACCAUAGUACCCUCUACAGCAUGAUGAAGGGAAAAAUGAGUCCUUCUAAUCUGCAUAUGUUCACGGGAACCUUGUGUAAGGAACUGCAUGAGCACAUGGCACCCCUGGGCACAGAAGGUACAGGAGACCUCAAUGACUUGGUAAGGCAUGUCAUGUAUCCAGCAGUGGUGAACACUCUGUUUGGGAAAGGCAUCUGCCCAGCAAGCCAGGCUGAAAUCAGGGAGUUUGAAGAACAUUUUCAGAAGUAUGAUGAAGACUUUGAAUAUGCUUCUCAGAUGCCUGAGUGCUUCUUGAGGAACUGGUCUAAAUCCAAAAAAUGGCUUCUAAAAUUGUUUGAGAAAGUAGUGUCAGAUGCUGAAAGGACCAACCCUGCAGAGACUUCAUCCAAGACACUACUGCAGCAUCUCCUGGAUAGCUUGCAAGGAAAACAUCUAGCUCCUAAUUAUGGUCUCCUAAUGCUCUGGGCUUCCCAAGCAAAUGCUGUCCCUAUUGCGUUUUGGACCCUUACUUUCAUACUCUCUUACCCUUCCAUUUACGAGAAAAUCAUGGAAGACCUGGCUUCCAUUUUUGGCAAAGCAGGUAAAGAUAAAAUAGAAGUCUCUGAAGAGGGCCUUAAGAAGCUCCCCUUUAUUAAAUGGUGUGUUUUGGAAGCUAUACGGCUGAGGUCUCCAGGUGCAAUCACCAAGAAAGUAAUAAAUCCAAUUAAAGUCCAGAAUUUCACCAUCCCUGCAGGUGACCUGCUGAUGUUGUCACCGUAUUGGUUACACAGGAAUCCAAAAUACUUUCCUGAUCCAGAAGUCUUCAAACCUGAUCGUUGGAAAGAGGCAAAUUUAGAGAAGAAUGCUUUCUUGGACAGCUUUGUGGCAUUUGGAGGAGGGAAGCAUCAGUGUCCAGGAAGGUGGUUUGCUCUCAUGGAAAUCCAGUUGUUUGUGGUGCUGUUCCUUUACAAAUAUGAAUUUGUGCUUUUGGAUGCAGUACCAAAGGAGAGCCCUUUACAUUUGGUGGGAACACAGCAACCCAUGGCACCACUCCGGGUCCAGUAUAAGUGCCGGCAAUGAAAGCUGUCCAGCGCUAGCUUACCUUCCUUUGCCAGCUAUCCCUGAAGGGAUGGAUGGAUGGACAGACAGACCACUGAUCUGCUUCCUUAUCCUACAUGUUCAGAUAGGUUUUCUGUCUUAACAGUUCUUAAUUUCAAUUUUAAAUGCUGUCCAUCUUCAAUGCUAUGGUAUCCCAAAGCAGUGUAGCUGUAGCUAUGCUCCUCACUGGAUUGCCUAUCUCCCAGUAUUUAUAAAGUCAAGCUUUCCUGCUACAUGUAUAAAAGCAGCUACAUUUGGAAAUCCUACAUGGAAA